AUGACGGGUGGAAGGUUCGACUUCGACGAUGGCGGCACCUACUGCGGCGGCUGGGAGGAAGGCAAGGCGCACGGGCACGGAAUCUGCACGGGGCCCAAGGGGCAGGGCGAGUACUCGGGCUCCUGGUCGCACGGCUUCGAGGUGGUAGGUGGCUACACCUGGCCCAGCGGCAACACGUACCAGGGCUACUGGGCACAGGGCAAGCGCCACGGGCUGGGCGUGGAGACGAAGGGCAAAUGGAUGUACCGGGGGGAGUGGUCGCACGGCUUCAAGGGGCGAUAUGGGGUCCGGCAGAGCCUUUGCACCCCCGCCCGCUACGAGGGCACUUGGAGUAACGGGCUGCAGGACGGGUACGGCGUGGAGACCUAUGGCGACGGAGGUACUUAUCAGGGACAGUGGACUGGAGGGAUGCGCCAUGGAUACGGUGUGCGCCAAAGUGUGCCCUAUGGCAUGGCUACUGUGAUCCGCUCACCCCUCCGAACAUCUCUGGCUUCUCUACGCAGCGAGCAGAGCAAUGGCAGUGUACUCCAUGACAUCACCUCUGAUAGCCCAGCUGGAACGAGAGGUGGAUUUGUCUUGAAUUUCCAUACUGAUGCUGAAUUAAUGACUAGUAAGAAAAAAGGCUUAUUUAGAAGAGGAUCCCUCCUUGGUAGUAUGAAACUUAGAAAAUCUGAAUCCAAGUCAUCAAUCUCAAGUAAGCGAAGCUCUGUCCGCAGUGAUGCAGCUAUGAGCAGAAUUAGCUCCAGUGAUGCCAACUCAACAAUUAGUUUUGGAGAUGGUGAUUGUGAUUAUUACCCAAUGGAAGAUCAUGUUGAUGCUACAACAACAGAAGCUUACAUGGGAGAAUGGAAAAAUGACAAACGAAAUGGUUUUGGCAUUAGUGAGCGCUCAAAUGGGAUGAAGUAUGAAGGAGAAUGGCUAAAUAACAAGAGGCAUGGAUAUGGAUGUACAGUGUUCCCUGAUGGCUCAAAAGAAGAGGGAAAAUAUAAAAAUAAUGUUCUGGUCCGUGGAAUAAGGAAGCAGCUUAUACCAAUAAGAAACACAAAAACUAGGGAGAAGGUGGACCGAGCCAUAGAGGGUGCACAAAGGGCAGCUGCUAUGGCAAGAACUAAAGUGGAAAUAGCAACUUCAAGGACUGCACAUGCAAGAGCUAAAGCUGAUGCUGCUGACCAGGCUGCCCUGUCUGCCCGCCAAGAAUGUGACAUUGCAAGGGCUGUCGCAAGAGAGCUUUCACCAAAUUUCUAUCAACCAGGUCCUGAUUAUAUCAAACAGAGAUUUCAGGAAGGCAUAGAAACUAAAGAAAAUCCAGAAGAAAAAGUCCCAGAAAAGCCACCUUCACCAAAGGAAUCUCCUCAUUUUUAUCGGAAAGGCACAACUCCCCCCAGGUCCCCUGAGCCAAGCCCAAAAUCAAGCCACUCUCCUCAGCCUUCCUCCCCAGUGAAAAAGCAAAACCCCAGCUCAGGGGCAAGACUCAAUCAAGAAAACAAGGGCAUAGCCGAUGAGUAUGUAACUGCAGUUGUCAACAAGCCCCUACUUUCAAAGCUACCCCCAAAGGAGGAGGUAACAGCAUUGCCGCAGUCCAAGUACUCUGGCCGCCACAAUACCUCCUUCCACCCUGGUAAUGGGGAGUUGCAUUCACAGUAUCAUGGCUAUUAUGUGAAACUGAAUGCACCACAGCAACCACCAGAAGACAAGGAGGAAGAUGGAGGUGUGAGCCAGUCUUCUUUGGCACUGGUGCCCAAGCAACCACAUCAGAAGUCAAGUCCCCUUAAGUCCACGACAAAACUAGCUGCCAAAGAAAGCAAAUCUGAGCCAAAAAUGAAGAAGUCUGAACUUGCCACACCAAAGAAUCCAGCAAACAAUGAUUCAUGUUCUUCUUUGGAAAAAGAAGAUAAUUCGGGUCCUAAUUCAGUCAUGAUUGUCCUGGUCAUGCUGUUGAAUAUUGGGUUAGCCAUUCUUUUUGUUCACUUUCUAACUUGAUUGGAAUUAGGAAAGCAAAAGCCAAACAAAACACCAAAUCUGCUGCUGCAGCCCCCAACCGGUGAAGUGCAUUGGCUACUCCAUCUGUCCUAGCAGAGUGUGACUAAACUGGAAAUGUAUGGAGCUGCACUUUUUGUUGAUGGAAGCUAACAGCUGCCUUACUGUUUUACCAUCUGACGUUUUUAGUAGGGAGCUGGGGAAAGGACUGCCAGAGGAAUGCGGUCAGAGGAUACUGUUGCUGUGGAAGUGACUCCAACAUUCACUCCUUUCUCAUUAGAAGAAAUAGUUAGCAGCAUCACUCACCAGUCUUAUGCCAUUACCUGCUGCUUUUAACUUCUCCUGUGGUGUUCUGGGAGAUUACAUUUUCUUUUGCUUGUGCAUGACUGUUCAUUUUGCUGUUGAUUUAAAUUUGAUGUAUAGCCAUGAUAAUUAAUGGUGUGAAGUCCUGGCUAGUUAAAAUGUAAUUGUUGCAUCUUGAGGUAAAUGCAAAACAGAAAUCUAGUAUACACAUGUAUUUUGAUAGAAAGGCAGAGCUCUUCAUGACAUUCAUUUUCCUAAACUGGUAAAACUCUGUUUCUCUUUCAUGUUGAUUGGGCAGAGUCUGGAGACACCAUGAUGUCUUCCUGAGCAGUCACUAGGCUUGACAUGCUUGUGUCAGUAACAUACUGGAGCAUGGAGGCUCUUUGGGGUGAUAUUCUUAAAUGGAAAGCUAGACUACAAAAGGAUUCUGAGAAAUAGAAUCAAGGCUUUGCAUGGUUUGGGGAUUUGGUUUUUCUUUUUUUUUUUUAAUGCCUUUGUGUUAAUAGUGAUAAGUGUUGAAAAGAUUUAAUUUCAUCACUGAUGUACCCUAUAAGUGAAUAAUCUUGUUAGAGGCCAGUUCCAAUGAAAAUGAAGCUAAGAUGCUAAUAAUAACUAUUAUUUGGGGGGGAUAGACUAAUUUUGUGUUGAAUACAUUCAGGUAGAGCAUAUAAAUUUGUUUUUAAAAUCACUGCUUAUCAAAUUUAUGCCUUUUGUGUUUUUUUUU